AUGGCAAACUCAGGUGAUGGAAACAGCGCAAGCGCGACUGAAGUAACAUCAUGGAAUGCUUAUCCAACAAGCAUGGCAAUUCUUGCAGGCCUCAAUAUUUUUCUCGCCAUCACGGCAUCUCUUGGCAAUGCUCUGAUCCUGAUUGCUCUUCAUAAAGUGACGUCCAUUUAUCCACCAACAAAACUGUUAUUUCGAUGCCUGGCAGUCACCGAUCUUUUAGUUGGUCUCAACACUCAACCUAUUUACGUAAUGAUUCUUAUUUCUUCAAUAACAAAGAGUCGCGCGGAUCGCAUUGUAGCCCGGCUUGAGCAAUACCGAGGGUCUUGGAGUGGUUUGUUGCCUCUAGUAUCGGUUCUCACAUUAUCCGCUAUAAGUGUGGACAGACUUCUUGCCCUAUCAUUAGGGCUGAGAUAUAGACACACUGUGACAUUAAGGCGCGUUUGCGCGGUCAUAGUUGGUGUAUGGUUACUAAGUGCCCUAACUUACACAGGGGUUAUAUUCUUUGUUAAUAAGAUAGCAUAUUACUUUACUAGAGGGACCUUCAUUUUCUUAGUCAUAAUUUCUGUGGUUAUUUCAGCGUUCUCUUACGUAAACAUUUUUGUCUCUCUUCGUCGUCAGCAAGCUCAAAUUCAACAAGAACAAACAUACGGAGCACGCCAGAGUCAACUAAAUAUAGCGCGAUACAAGAAGACAGUGUACACCAUAGCAUGGGUGCAGUUGGCUUUACUUGUUUGCUAUGCUCCAUACGGCAUAGCAUUAUUAAUAGGUCUGGCUAUUAACAUACCCCAUUCUUCCACCGAAAUGAAAGUCGCUUGGCGAGCAUUAUUAACUCUCCUGUUUUCGAACUCUUCUUUCAACCCGGUACUUUAUUGUUGGAAGAUUAGAGAUGUGCGACAAGAAGUGAGGAACAUUUUCCACGAAGUUUGCUGUUGCUCUUAUUAAAAGUUUAGGGUUACGGAGGCUGUUAUCCUCUUCGAUCUGCAUAAUUCUUUGCAUCAUACUCAUUCUCAUUCAAUAAUUGUUGAAUAUUUUACCGUGAUCAUUCAAUAAUUGUAAAAUAUUUUACCGUGAUCAUAAUGACCCCCAAUAAAGUAGUAGUCAUUCAGGAGCUCCUCAGAGCUAAAUAAUGUAUUCAUUGAAUUGCUCAGCCAUUUAUUCCAACAAAGGAAGUUGUAUAGUAAAUCAAAACGUCAAACCUCCUUUAGGGUGCAUGUUUUUAGACCAAUGACUAUUUCAAAAGUGUUUGAAAACAGUUCAAACGCGACUGGAUCGAAUAAACACGGAAUCUUUUUUAAUAAAUAAAGGUUUUUGUCAUGAUUUUUCAACACUGAAAACGUGACUUUCUUUUCAGCUUAGAGGAAGACCUAACUGUUAUCUAAUUUCAAGUCACUGUUUAUACUGCCCUGAGUUGUUUUUUUAAAACACUGACCCGGUCUGAACAAAAAACUUUAUCACCAUCAUAUUCAACGUAACAAAACUGCAUUCUUUGCUAACCCUGAUUACACAAUGUUUUGUGAAAAUAUAUUCCAAUAGGAAUGAAAUUCGACAUUUCAGUCAGAAUCAUUUGCAUGGAAAAGAAUCGUAUUGCAACUGAGAGGAAAACUUAUAGAUUUGUUUUUUGGUGUUUUGCGAAUCCUCAGACAGCUUCUGCAUAAGAGGGCCAAUAUGGACUUUUCUCCGAAGAAAACGAAAAUAACUGCUCUAAAACCCUCUAUAGAAAACACCGGAUCAAGAGCGGGCAAUUGCAACCAAUUAAUAGUUUUUAUCAUUGUUUAUUUUUCCAAACUCAUUCAAAAGACUCUAGACGAGGGAUUAAUUUGCUUGACUUUUAGUCUAUGGACUAGCUUUUUGGUCUGUGGCAAAUACAUGACUAAAUUAUAUCAAUUCAUAUCAAUUUAAUAGUUGCUCUUUCAAACCGUAGUUUGCACCCAACUUAUUUUAUAAUUUAUUCACAAAAACAGGAGCCCAUCAUGGCGGGCUCCUGACAAAAAGAAAUGCAUACAUUGAUUCCGAUGAAUAAAAUCCAGGCAGAUACACUUGUUUGAUAGUGAAAUUGUAUACCAUGUUUAAAACAGAAGACCCUGAGAAUCCAGCCUGUUCACAGAUCCUCUAUUUCAGUCUUCAAAGUCCGUCGAGCGCGCGUGAUAUAAACUGCGGAGGAUUUAUUGACCGCCAGCGCAAGGGGGUAGGGUAGGGGAAGAAAUUUUUCUUUCUCGAGCUCCGCGCUCGCCCUCGCUCUCGCUCGCCGACGUUUUCGAAAAGAACGAAAAGAAAAAUAAAACAAGGGCUGUGUACAGACUACUGAGAACCAUACCCUGUUCCAAGGCAAAUCCCCUUUUAGCGUCUUAUGCGUGCCAAAUAAGUGAGUACCAUCACUGUUGAAAACACAUAGUUUAAUUAAAGACAACCACAUAAAAUAAAUACAUCACAAAACAACAGAGUUAAUAAGUCACCUCUCUCCUCCGCAGAGGCUCCCGCUGGGUAUCCCAAUAAAAAAAGCAGUAAUCGAAAAAUGGAAAGCGCGCGGGGGACGAUGGGAGAAUAGCACGUUAAAUGACAGAGACCUCUUCUCUCUUUCCCCUUCCCAUCGUGCCCCGCGUGCUCUAUAUUUCUUUCUCCCCAGCCCCCCUACGACACAAAGAGGCCUCUGCGGAGGAGAGAGGUUGGUCACUAUGGACCGCAAACAAAGAAUAAACGUUUCAAGCCAUUAAAAAUUGUCUGCGUAUCAAGAAAUGGUCUAUUGUUCCGGGUCCAAUUCACCAAAACAAUACCCUUUUGUCCUAGAUGUUGCUGCCGAAAACAGACCGAACAGUCUGUGCAUGAUCGUUUAAUCUUCGGCGUGACAAAUUUGUAAUAUUAGGGGGGAGGAGAGAGGUUUUUUAUGCCUUGACGCGAUGCUAUUUUAACUGGGGUACUGAGGGGAAAGUUUCGCCACGAGGCGCUCGUUGUUAAGUAAACCAUAGGGGCGUAAACGUUUUCUGUUUGCUUAUCUUACAUGUAACUACUACCAGACAUGAUAAAUUAACAAGUGAGAUUUACUGCGGCACACAACGCAGGAGUGCAUAUUUUGCGGGUUGAGCAAGAAAACCGUUUCACUUUUGAUGGUAUCGUAAUUUUUUUCUCAGCGCUCUGAACAAGAAAAUAUUAUUUCAGAAAUACUUUACAGAGAACGUUCUUAAACCGUUAUUAAAACAAGCUCAGUAUUAUUUGCGCGACCUACAUUCAAAGGUGCGAUCUUUGAAUGUAAUUUAUACCUUUUUCUAAUUUUAGAGCGCGCAAAAUGCGUCCCAUAAUUCCCUUAACAAAAUUAAUUGACAAGUGAGUCUACAACACAUUUUAAAAACGACUUUGAUUCUUAUUCUAAACGACUUUCAUUCUUAUUCUCACCCAAGCGGCCCAGAAUACGUUUUAACGAUCUUUGUAAUCCACAAAUUUUUCCUGCUGAACUGAAUUAUUCGACUUUUUUAUGUGCGCAACUUUAUUCUCUCAAGAAAAGAAAAAAAAAGAUUUUAGUCUUCAGUUCACUUUUACGAGCAUUUCGAAAAGUUCAUUAAAGAAUAUCCGGAAAAUCAAUAAAGCAGUCCUGGAAAAAAUAUAAGCAAAAAUAUUUUGAUAAAAUAACUGCAAUGGCAACGGAUUAUUAUUAGCAUUAACGAAGCGAAAGUUGGCUUCCUUGCGUGCAGACAGAGACACAGUUAUCAGUAAUUCAAGCCAUUCAACGUCGCCUGUCCAUAUCUACCCAUAUCGUUUAUACACGACAGUAUUUAUCAACCCAAUAAGGUGGUUGUCAUUUCAAAAAGAAAGUUUUCUUAUAAAUCCAACAGUCGGUGCGCAAACUGAGCUCCUUAGGUUUGGCUCCUAGACCAAGAAAAAUCAAUAAGAUAACAUUUCGGUUCAAAGAGGAUGAGACGUUUAUCUUUCAGACGGACAAAGACACCAACACUGCGAAAAAUUUAUAGGUCACCCCCAUUUGACGAUAAAAGUGUUUUCAGGAAGUGAAAAAAAAAACACUUUAUUUCUUUUCUAUAAUUAAUCUGUACGCACGGGCGUAAAGUAUGUGCGAAUAUGGCAGCUAGAAUAACGCUCCUGAGGAAGACUGGUUGUAGUAAAAUCAUGCAGUCUUUUUCAAUUAAGAAUUGCAUUUCUUGUUACAAUAUCCUUUUCCUCAUAACACGAAUUUAUUAAACGUCACAGCCGUCCUGCUCAACUCAGAACAAUUAAAAACAACCCGUUACGGUUGUCAUACUCUGUUUACUUAGGAACUGUUUAUACUGACUUGCAGUUCCUGUGUGUUGCUUCCCGAAGCAGUUUCAGAAGGACUUCUCUCCGUAUAUUGAACAUAUCAGUAGUUUCUUUGAAACAAAUUAAUGUACUGAUUAAGACAUGGCAAACUCAACUGAAUAUGAAAACAGCACAACUGCCACUCAAGUAACAUCAUGGAAUGCUCGUUCAACAAGCUUCGCAGUUCUUGCAGGCUUUAAUAUUUUUUUCGCCAUCACUGCAUCUCUUGGCAACACUCUGAUCCUGAUUGCUCUUCAUAAAGUGACGUCCAUUUAUCCACCAACAAAACUGUUAUUUCGAUGCCUGGCGGUCACCGAUCUUUUAGUUGGACUUAUCUCUCAGCCACUAUAUGUAGCUUUUCUCUUUCGCUUUUAUACAGCAUGGAAUGUGAAUACCACUGCAACCAUGAUUAUGCGUGCAGACGAUUUUUUCUUUUCUCUGGUUCCUGCAGUAUCACUCCUUACAUCAGCCGCCAUCAGUUUGGACAGACUUCUCGCUCUGUUGUUAGGGCUGCGAUAUAGACACACUGCUACAUUAAGACGAGUUUGGCUGGUCAUAGUUUGUGUUUGGUUGAUUAGUGCCCUUGAAGCCACAGUUAGUAUAAUCUAUGAACAUCCAAUACUACCCGAAAUAUCCUUGUGGUUAUUCUCUUCCUUCUUAACAUUUUCCUUGCUAGUUUCAGUAUUCUCUUACGUGAAAAUAUUUAAAACCCUUCGUUAUCGACAAGUUCAGGUUCAUCGCAAUACUCAACAAGGACAGCGGCCAAAUGGAGGAGGGAAUCAACUGAACAUAGCUCGAUACAAGAAGACAGUGUACAGCAUAGCAUGGGUCCAGUUAGCUUUACUUGUUUGCUACCUUCCAUUUAGCUUGAUAAGUUUUUUAGGGUUGCUUGGUAAACUACUACUUUCGACCGAAACAUUUAUUCUUUGGCAAUUGUUCGUGACUCUCCUUUAUUUAAAUUCUUUUUUAAACCCAGUACUUUAUUGUUGGAGGAUCAGAGAUGUGAGACAAGAAGUGAAGAACAUGAUCCGCAAGAUUUUCCGCUGCUUUUAG